UACGCCUGGCGCGCGAGCGAAGCGCAUGUGUCCCGUUGCCUCAUCCCGGAUCGUAUAUUACGUCCGAUCUCGUGAUUAUCAUAAAUAGAAAAUAAUUAAUACGGAACUACACGCGUGUUGAGUGCUAUGAACUGGAUCUGACUGUGCCUGUGCUGCAGUGUGGACGUAAUAUGUCGAACUAAUCGCUUGUUUUAGUGACUGUCGAAUUAGAAUUUACAAAUUAUUUACUUUUAAUUUAAGUUGACGGACUUUAGAAAACUGCCGUUAUUUCUACGAGCUUAAAAGGAUAUGAAAGCUGUAUCACGCUUAUGACUUUGUGUAACGGAAUGUUAUAACAUCGAAUAACCGGCCACAUCUUAGAUCCUUGUUGGCGUAUACAUGAGAUGGUAUGGGUUCACAAGGCGUAGCAAAAUGGCGAUGGUGGUUUGUGGUGGCGGCGUGGUGGUGCGGCGCGGCUGCUCGCACGCUGUGCCCAGCACGCUGCUCCUGCGACGAUGCCCUGCGAGCCGCCUCCUGUGCAAACGCCGGCCUCGAAAUUGUACCCAUCCAGCUCAAUCCGGAAGCCACUCACAUCAACCUAACACAGAAUUCAAUCAGCAAUCUCCUGUACACCUUUCCGUUUUACACGCAAUUGACUGUUCUCGAUAUCUCUCACAACAAAAUUCAAGAUUUAGGUAGUAAGAAUUUUGAAAAUAAUAUCGAAAUGACACAUCUUAACUUGAGUGAUAAUUUCUUAAAACGAUUGGACGUCGGCACAUUCGUUGGAUUGAAAAGACUCGUUGAUUUAGAUUUAUCUAACAAUCAGAUAACCGACAUCCACGUACAGAGCUUUAAAGAUUUGGCAGUUUUAGAAAGACUCGAUUUGUCAAGCAAUAAAUUAGUGAGUUUCGAAGUUGAAACGUUCGAGCCUUUAUCAUCCUUAAAAAUACUAUCAUUGAAGAAUAAUUCUAUCCUGGACAUACCUUCAUCUAAUUUUGUAUAUCUAAUUCACCUAGAGUUUUUGGAUUUAUCUGAGAAUUUAAUUCAACAAGUUUCGAAACAAGGCAUCCCGUACUUAAAAGAACUUAAACAUGUUGAUCUUAAUAACAAUAUCAUUGAGAGUGUUGAUCAACUCGGAUUUCAAAAUCUGCCUUCGCUGCGCCAUUUAGAUCUCAGCGACAAUAAUAUGACUUCAAUUCCCACGUCUGCUCUUUCGAAACUAUCAAACUUAUCUCAUUUAUACUUAAGUGGAAACUUUUUUCAAAACGUAACGGCACUGUCUUUCCAAAGUUUAUUCCAUUUAAGACAUUUGCAUUUGAGUCGACUUUUCGAACUUGAAAAGAUUGAUUCUCGAGCUUUCGUCGACAAUAUCAAUCUGCAAAAGAUUUGGAUGAAUGAAAACAUUAAAGUGAGAGAAGUACCACCGAGAUUGUUCCAUGGAAAUCCAAAAUUAACUCACAUUUAUAUGAAAAACAAUGCGUUAGAAACGCUAGAAGCUGCACACUUUCCUAUUGAUAGACUGCAAGAAUUGGAAAUAUCGGGUAAUCCAUUCGUAUGCAAUUGCUCGUUACUUUGGCUGUGGAAAUUGGGAAGAGAAUGUGAAAUGAAUAUAAAGCGAUCUGAUAACGCAAGUACCAUACUAAAGAUAGACUACGAAGAAGUAAAAUGUGCUGCACCGGAGCAUUUAAAAGACGUCUUACUAGUGCCAAUUCCAGAAUCGGAAUUCGGAUGUUCGAAUGGUUGGGUCAUUGUAGCAGUUGUUGUAAUGACUGUGAGUAUAAUAAUUAGUCUUGUAGGCGGUGGAUUAUAUUUCAUGGGACCUUUAAAGAAAUGUAAAGGUGAUAAAUCUAAACAGGUGAUGACGAGUGUAAUGUUAAACAGUGACGUAUCAAAAUUGGGCAACGGAUUAGGUUAUUCAACACGAAGUAGAGAGCAAGAUAAUAAGAGAGAAGUUGAUCGAUAUUUGAUGAUAGGGUCUUCCGUAACUAAUAACUUUCAUUCGCUGAAUCCUCCUUGGCACAGUGUUGACAAAAAUCCUUACUACCAGGAGGAUAGUGAGGAACAUAUUUAUCAACAGUUUGCUUAUGAAACUAUCCCUCACCACCGAACUCCGGAGAAGCCACACAUAGUGUACGUUUAACAAAGGUUUUAAACAAAAGACAAUUGCAACCAUAAAUUGGCUUCGUUCUUUGAUAUUAAUCUAUAGACGGACGUAAUAAUGCAAUAAUGUAUAUAGUGAUACGAAUAAAUUUGUAAUGUGAUAGCUUUGUAUAUAGAUUUGUAAAUAAUUUUUGCAGAUAAAGACAUUACAUUUAUGCAUAAUUAUAAUUUUAAACUAUGUAUAAAUUUCAUCUUGUUGUAGUUGUUAAUUGUAUUUAUAAUUUUUAUCUUGUAAAAUGAAGGUCCAUUAUUAAUUAUACGUUUUGUUGUUCGUAGACAUUGUACGGCUCUGCGGAUGAUAGCUUCACUUUAGAUCCUAAAGUUUUGCAUUGUAAAUUGUGUAGGAUUUUCAUAUUGUUUAUUUUAUAGUUCCUCAAAUAGUAUGGGUAAUCCGAUAAUGUAAAUUUCUGAUAAACUUUUAAGUAUAAUUUAAUGUUACAAAAUACUCAUGUAAUUGCAUAGUAGUUGAAUAUCUAUAUAUUUUUAAAUGUAACACCAAUAACGAAAACAUUGUACAAAUAUGAGCAAUAUAUAGUAACUAAAUUGAAGUAUGUUAGUUUUAUUUGAAGCGUUGUUAUAGCGGUUAAAGUUAUUUAGCAUGAAAUCUGAUGUCAUUAAUACAUAUUGGUACAAUCAAUAUUUACGUGAUUAGAACGGUAGACAGUACAUACUCGUAGCUAGAAUACAUAAAAGGUUAUACGUUAUCCAGUUGCUCUGAUGGGAAGGGGUACAAAUGAGAUGAUAUAUUAUUUAUCAGCUAUUUUUAUAAAUUGAUUUCAUUGCGAUCGUUUUGUGGUGUUAUGUUGAGAUAAUAUGAAAUUAAUAUUUUUAUACUUAGUGAAUAUGUACAAUAUGACAAUUUUGUGAUUUUAAAGUUACUGGGCUAAGGUGUCAUUGAAAUACAAACGAAAAAAA